AUGAACAGCACAGAGGGUGACAAUUUUUACAUCCCCAUGUCCAACAGGACUGGGCUUGUGAGGAAUCCUUACUAUUACACUCAAUACUACUUGGCUGAGCCAUGGAAGUUCAAGGCACUUGCUGCCUACAUGUUUUUACUGAUCUGUUUUGGCUUCCCCAUCAAUGGUCUGACACUGAUGGUUACAGCUCAGCACAAGAAACUCCGGCAACCUCUUAACUUUAUCCUGGUGAACCUGUCCUUCGCAGGACUGAUCAUGGUUCUUUUUGGAUUCACAGUCUGCUUCUUUUGCUCACUGCAAGGUUACUUGGUUUUGGGACCACUGGGCUGUCAAAUUGAAGGCUUCAUGGCUACACUUGGAGGUCAGGUUUCCCUGUGGUCUCUUGUGGUACUGGCUAUUGAGAGAUACAUUGUUGUCUGCAAGCCUAUGGGGAGCUUUAAGUUUAAGAACAACCAUGCUUUGGCAGGAGUUGGAUUUACUUGGUUCAUGGCAUCAACUUGUGCUAUACCCCCAUUGGUCGGCUGGUCAAGGUACAUUCCAGAGGCCAUGCAGGUAUCGUGUGGGCCAGACUACUAUACAUUGAACCCUGCCUACAACAACGAAUCGUUUGUCCUCUACAUGUUCAGUUGUCACUUCUGUGUUCCUGUCACAAUCAUCUUCUUUACGUAUGGAAAUCUUGUGAGCACUGUCAAGGCGGCUGCAGCUUCCCAGCAAGAUUCAGCAUCUACCCAGAAAGCUGAGAGGGAAGUGACAGGCAUGUGCAUUCUGAUGGUCUGUGGUUUCCUUCUGGCCUGGGUCCCAUAUGCCAGCUUUGCUGCAUGGAUCUUUUUUAAUAGAGGAGCUGCCUUCUCUCCCCAGGCUAUGGCAAUCCCUUCUUUCUUUUCUAAGACAUCUGCUUUGUUCAACCCUGUUAUCUAUGUGCUGAUGAACAAACAGUUCCGUAACUGCAUGCUCACCACCUUAUUCUGUGGCAAGAACCCUCUUGGUGACGAGGAGUCAUCUCAGGUGUCAACAAGCAAGACAGAAGUGUCCUCUGUGGCUCCAGCAUAG